CGCAAGUGUCAAUACCAAAUAAACCAACUUAGUAGUCGGUGCAUUGACCAACUGUAUUCAAACGAUGAGUGUCAACAACUGCGGAACGGUAUUGUCCGCGAGGAUUAUUGUUGUCACGUGAAGUGAGGGGGCUUUUCUUUUUCUGGAGUCCGAUACCCUCUGUUUGAAACUGACCAUUCCAUGCAUUUUGUCAUGGAUAGGACUUGUGUUGUGUUGAUAUUUAUUUUUACUACAGUGUCACUUGUCAGCUCGGGGGCAGGAAGAUCAGCAAGACAUGACGAUGGAGGCUUACUCUUAGACCCAUUUCCCACCGACGAUGUUGACACUUCCGGACGUCCAGUGUUUUUAGAAGAGCCUCGAGACACUUAUGUUGUGAGAAGUCGACCGGCUACAUUAUCCUGUAAAGUAAAGAAUGCAUUGCAACUACAUUUUUCCUGUAAUGGAAAAGCUAUUCAUCACAGGCAUCAUAGUCAACAGGAGUUUGUUGAUCCACAAACUGGUGUCAGGCAUCUGGAGGUCAGUGUGGAUAUCACCAGGAAAGAAGUGGAAGAAUAUUUUGGCCCCAAUGGUUUCGCUUGCGGUUGUGUUGCUUGGUCAUCGAGCGGCACGACCAAAAGUAGAAGCGCCAUUGUAAAGACUGCAUAUUUGAAAAAGCAUUUUGAAAAUCAACCACUUAGCACCCACGUGGAAAUCGAAGGUCAAAUCUCUUUGCAGUGUCUUCCACCAGAAGGCGUUCCUCUUCCAGAAGUACUCUGGCUGAAGAAUGGAGAAAAGAUAGACACUGCCAAGGAUCCCAAUUUCAUUAUUUCCAAUGAAGGCAACUUGUUGAUAAGUGUAGUCCGGCUUGCAGACAUGGGAAAUUAUACGUGUGUGGCGAGAAAUCCAGCUGGCAGUCGGUACAGCGAGACAGCAACUCUUACGGUCUACGUGAAUGGAGGUUGGUCAACCUGGAGCCCAUGGUCCGAGUGUACUGCCAGGUGUGGUCGCGGAGGACAGCAAAGAUCCCGUUUGUGCACGAAUCCAGCUCCAUUAAACGGAGGGAAACCUUGUUCUGGAGAUCCACUUCAAAAAACCGAUUGUACUUCACUUUGUCCUGAUGUGAGGAAGAUCGGAGGACCAGAUAAAGCUGAAGAUGGCCGUUGGACGUCUUGGUCUUCGUGGUCGACUUGCAGUCCCGACUGCAAGCAUCACAGAAGACGAACUUGCAGCAAUCCGCCACCAAGUAACGGAGGACGAUAUUGCACAGGGAAAGAUCUAGCCACCAGCAAUUGCACUGGAGGCAUGUGUAGAGCAUCGAGGGAUCGAGAUCCUUUUGUGCUGUACGGAAGUAGCCGUUCGGAAGAAGUAAUACCGUCAGCAAGUGACAGCUCUGCAGUUUCUUUGUACAUUGGAGUCUUUGUCGCAGUUACCGUAUUUUUCAUUGUCCUAGUCGUACUGGUGUGGAUGGUCAAAAGGAUGAAAUCUCGAGACCCAACAAUGUACAGAGUACCUACUACGUCUGAUGUAGUGGUUGUCCAGCCUGAUUUGACUCAGAACGCCUUCCACCCCCGCAAAGAAAACUACAGUAGCGAGAAGAGCGCCCUAGUUUGUUUAGGAGCAAAUGCUGUUGUGCCGCUUCUCCCUCCUCCCCCCAAAUACAUGAACAACAACAACAAAGAAGAUCCACAUCAACCUCUUCUAGUGGCCACACCCAGAAACGGCAGCUUGGACUCAACGGAGAAAAUCCCCAGGUCCGAGUCGCCGGCAUCUGAGAUAAAUUCCUCUGUUUCGAGUGGAAGAGGUUCUGCUUAUGGUGCGUCUUGCAACAAUUCAGCUGUGUCAAUGGCAUUGCCCCCCAACGUCGAUUCCGAUCUCACCGUCUGGGCAUCUGUAACGAAAACUGGAGGAAGAAUAACGCUGCCCGAUACAGGUAUUUCUUUAACAAUACCCCGUGGAGCAGUUAGGAAAGGCAAUGUGAGUCUUUAUUUAGCUGUACUGAGAGAUGACAAAGACAGGCCUACUCUUUCAGAUAAAGAAACAGUCCUCAGUCCUGUAAUUCAGUGUGGUCCUCCAGAUUUAAAUUUCGUCAAGCCCCUAAUCCUUAGUCUUCCUCACUGUGCCUCAAUCGAAACGCCUGAUAAAUGGAGGAUUAGUAUAUUCAGCAGUGAAACUCCCUCAGCUGAAGUGGAAACUCCAGAGUGGAAGAAUCUCGUGACAGUAGGUGAAGAGACUAUAAUCACGCCUGUCUUCUGUCAAGUGGAUCCACAUCAUUGCCACCUGAUGACGGAGCAGCUGGGCAGGUUCGCUAUAGUCGGUGAAUCACUGUCUGGCCAGAAAGGGGUCAAGUCGCUAGCACUGGCCGCAUUUGGACCAGCAUUCCACUCAUCCACAGACUAUACGAUACGAGUGUACUGUAUCGAAAAUACCAAAGCAGCUAUACAGAGCAUGAUGCAAGUAGAAGAAAAACUAAGAGGUUCUCUACUAGAUGCACCAAAAUCCAUGUUGCUUCAAGAUGGAGGUUCCAAUUUGUGCCUUUGUUUAGAAGAUAUUUCCUUAGGUUGGAAAUGCAAACCCUUAGCCAAUUAUCAGGAAAUUCCCUUCCACCACUUGUGGAAUGGACGCCAAAAUCAUCUCCAUUGUUCGUUUAAAUUAGAAAACGUAGACCGUUCCUUACAAGCCGUGAGCUGUCACAUUCUGGUGUAUCAAAGAGGUGCGCAAGCUAAUCGGCAAGUGCUGCGAAUCAGCACUGACUACAAAGAAAAGCUUCCAUCUCCUGCUCCAAGUACAAUCGCUUCAUCUCUUUCUUCAUCUAUAAUCACAGAAAGUUCAGGGCCAAUACUCGCGGUGGAUCCCACAGAAAAUAUAUUCAGGUUAACACCAGAUGUGAGGAAGCAACUAUGCAUUUGUUUGGAUCCUCCUAAUAGUAGAGGAAAUGACUGGCGAAGGUUAGCAGAGGAAUUAGGCGUCAAUAGGUACAUCAACUACUUCGCUACCAAGAGCAGUCCGACAGAUCACAUUCUUGAUUUGUGGGAGGCCAGAGAACAAGAAAUGAACAGCCUUGGUAAUCUUCUGACCAUCUUGAGGGUCAUGGGACGAUGUGACGCAGUUCAAGUGGUAGAGAAAGAAGUUGGCUCUUGGAUAUGAAGAGAAAAUUUCGUGGUGCAGAUUUCAUCUGUGAGAACUUUGUGAUUUCCCCUGUGCCUCAUGUAAAUAGUUGAACAAAUGUAUCAUAUGUAAAUAAGCGCACGUACGAGUGAUGUGCAUUUGUUAUUUAUAUAGAUGUUCUUGAUGAACAAGAGAUAGAGACGAAACUUUAAACCUGAAGCCAACUCUGAAGAAAAGAGUAGCACAUAUUUUUUUGUUGCAGAGAAAUUUUAGGCUUUUCUAGAGACUAACGUUUAUGGACAUUGUUCGUACUGCUUAGAAAACGUUGGCGAGAAAUACUGUUGCAUUUCUUGUGAAAAGAAAUUGACUAGCAAAGUCUGUUGAAUAUUAAAGUUGCCAGGAAAUUCAAAAGCAUUUUAUAUUUCAAAAAUAAUUUAGUUUUUCCUUAUUACGACCACCGUUAUGUAAAUGGUUCAUUGUCAUCGCCAUGUGAUAGUUAUGAUCUGUAGAAGAAGUGAAACAGAAUCAUGCUCAUUCGUUAUUGUUUACCAUAAAAAACUUAUUUUUUAUUGUUCAAACUAUUUCAAAAUCAUUGUUAAAACGUACCUAUUAAAAGGCUUGUUUAUUUGUGCUGCCAUUAAAUUGGGCAUUUUAAUAGUAAAACCGCAAACCGAUUAUCAUUUGGAUAACGAUUAUCUGGCCGUGAAAUUAAGGCAGGUCCUAUAUUACUAGCAUGUGUUUGCCACGCUGGUUGUGGAUGAAACUUAUGCAUUAACUAGAUUUAUCAGACUUACAUACUAGAAUCUAAAUUUCUUAAUGUAAAAGGUAGAUUAUAAUCAGACCCAUCAUUUCAAACUUUUCCAGGGGGAGUCAAAAUGUGUUUUGUUUACUCAAUGCAAAUUGUACAGAAAAACAACCAAAAUCACACCUACUUAUAUGUAAAUACAUUAAUUUCCCAAAACCAGUGGGACGUGAGCAAUUGCCUCCUCUGGCUCCCUCUAUUUGAAAGGCCUAGUUAUAAUAUUGAACGAAAACAUUUUCUUUGUGAACCAGCAAUUGACGAAAAAAUUGCUAAAUUAUUGGUUCUGGAAAAGGGGAAUAUUUUUGUAUAAGAGUAGUACUGAGAUAAAGUGGCUUCAUUAAACCUGAAUACUUUAAAUACGAAAGGGAAAAAAAAGUAUAUUUACCUCUAUAUAAUUUUUUCAUGCUUAUUGAAGAAAAAUUAGCAUUUUAAAGCCCAUAUUAUAAGUGCCAAUGCAAAUUAGUUACAUUUACGUCAUAAAAAAAGAAUUUCUUAGGUGCUAAAUUUGGAAAUAAAGUUUAAUAAAUCUAGUUAAUACUUUUUUGAAAACAACUUUUUGUUAUCUAUUUACUUAAAACAGACUUUUUUUUUUCAAAAAUAUUUGUUGAUUUAGUAAAUAUUUCUACCUUCUUAAUGAGAAAGCGCACUUUUAAGGGUGUAAUAUUGAACUAUUUGAUAUCUAGGCACUUUUAUUCCUAUAUUUAUGUUCCGGUCCAUAGCAAUGCUCGUAGAUGUGAAUCCCACUUAGCUGUUGUAUUUUGUUUUAAUGUUGCAUCAUUCAAUGGAAUCGAUAGAUCUGAUUUUUUUAUGUAAUAAAUGGACAAUCAUGCAUUUUUUUUCUUGUGCAAUACUCCUCUAAGCACAUUGACUUAAUGUCUUCCAGAACCGCGCGACCCUUUUGAUGGAAGGAUACUUAUUAACAAUCAUGAUUAAAUAUGUUUUUAUCUAAAAGAUCAAUUUCUUCCCUUAAAUUUAUUGUUGCAAUAAAUGUAGACUUGCCUCAGAAUGCAAAAGAAUCUCGUUUUUACGAAAUUUUAUCAGUUGAAUGUGCGCUAAUAUGAAUGCAAUUAAUGUAAGAAAAUAUGGAGUAAAGUGGUGUGCUUUGUGCUAAGAGUGAAGUAAGCUUACCUUACCCUGACUAUAUUGUGGUAUACUAUCAGAGACCAAAUACAGUAUAACUUCGAUUUAACGAGACCCGAUUUAACGAUUUUCUCAAUUUAAUGAAAUAUUUCACUAGCCUGGGUUUGACUGUAGAAAAUGCUAAUGCUCCUCGAUUCAACGAUAUCCUUGAUUUAACCAUAACUUUUUCCAGUCGCUUGGUAAUCGUUAAAUCGAGGUUACACCAUAAUUCAAUUUUGCUUAGAGCUUUGAGGUUGUUUUGGCUUCGUGCUAAAACAUUGGAUUGGUAUACCAAAGGUCCGUCGAUCAAAACUUAGACUUUAUGUCCACCACGUACUCCACACGCAUUUCUCACCCGUUUACCGAACAUCACAAAUAUUGUGGACAACUAUUCGCAACUCCAGAGCUCGAAUACGCUACCUUGCGGUGAUUAACAAUACUACCGAAAAAGGUAAAACAUUCCAUUCCACGUGUUUUCUUUGGGGUAAAUUACAUUCUUCAGACAGUUUGUGGUGUAAUGUAAUUUCAGAAAAAUAGAAAAGAAAGCUUCCCACAAGCACGAUGAAAAAUUACUGUCAUUCACUAAACUUCAAAGCAAGUUAAAAGUUACGGCAUUUGUUUGUUUUACCUUUUUCAUCCGCCAUUAGACAGUGGUUGCAGCGCCCCCUAUAGUUUAUUGGAGUAGCGAAUACAGAAUAACGCCAUACUUCAUUUAGCCUUGUAUGAUGUAUGUAUUUAGGCCUAAAAUGGUUUCAAAUGAUUUUUUUUUAAGUAAAAAGAGUUAAUACAGUAAUUGUCGAUAAAUAAUUGUAAAUCAAUGUGAAUUAAGAAAUAGAAAAGGAUAUUUUCACUAACCAGAGCCCUUUAUGCGUUAUAGCAUAUAUAUUUCAUAAUCAACACAUCAUUCCAUUUAAGUGCAACACUUUUCAUAAUCUGAAUAAUUUAAUAAUCUGAGAAUCCUAUUCCUAUUGAGUUCGUAAAAACGAGGUUCACGUAAAAACGAGGCGUCAAUGAGUACCUUCCUCGCUCACAUUUAUAUGCAUUAUUUUCUAAAGAUUUUAAUUUUAGAUAAACAUCAGUUUUUAUGAAACAGAUUAUGUUUCAUUUCAAUUCAUUACAAAUUAAGUGAACUAUUAAGCAAAAUAAGAUACUUUGAGUUCAAGCAUGUUGUUGAUUAAAAAAAAUUAUUUUAAUUCCAAAUAAACAUCAGUUUUUAUGCAACAUAUUAUGUUCCACUUUAAUUUAUUACAAAUGAUGUAAACUAUUAAGCAAAAAAUGAUACUUUGAGUUUAAGCAUGUUGUUGAUAAAAUAAAAUAAUUUAUGUAACUGUUGAUUUUUUUUACGACCUCUAUAUUUUUCGAACCUAAACUAAAAAAUGGAUGUGACAUACUAGGGUUAAAAAGGUAAUCAUAUUGUCUGAUGUAGUUACCAAAUUUUGAACUCAUUGUAAAUCUUAGUUUAGUUGCAUUUUGUUGCAUAAAUGGAUGCAGUCUGAAAUUUAUAGGGUCUCAGUAUCAAUUAAUAGAAAAUUUUCUUUGAAAUUUGAGCUGUUUAAAGUUUUUUAUAGUUUUGCUUACAACUUCCUUUCGUGUCUCAUGUGCUAUGUUUUCCAUUCUACGUUCAAACAAUGUCACGUUUUCGUAAUAUUGUUUCUGUACUGAGUCUAAAAUUGUUAUUCCUUACUGCGUGUUAAUGUUUCAAAAUUAUAGCAAAUGAAAUUAAAAUAUUUAUAUAUUACAAAUUGUUAAGAGUAUAUUGUAUAGUAAUUAUUGGAAUUUAGAUCUUUACUGUCGCAUUUUUGAAUUGUAAAAAAUGUUUUAGAUCUUCCGUAAAAGGAGGAAGAACGCUGCAUCAUACCUGGUGAUCAAUCACACGUGUACUUACCAACUUGUGUUCCACGGUUAGUUAUUGCAAAACUAUGGUUCAAAUUGUAUAUAAAAAGACGAAACAUGUCUUAUC